CCAAACACGUACCACCCCCUUCCAAGCCCAAAGCAAUUUAAUCGCAGGAACCACCUGCAGUGUCCAGCCUCGUGUGUUGAAGGAAUAGAGAAGAAAACCCAUAAAAAACCUAAGAGCACCUAAUUAAAAGGCCAUCCUUCAACACAGGGUCAAAGAGUUCUAGGGGAGCAACAAGGUGAGAAUACGAGCAAAAGAGAAAGAAUAAGAAAGUAAAACUAUGACAAUGGCUCGGGUCAGAAUGUUGCUGUUUGCAGCAGCCACCUGCUGCUUCUGCUUGUUGAUGGGAUCAGCCAGUGCUCAUGAAAAUGCCACCGUCCCAAUCAACCACAUUGUUGGAGGAAGUUUCGGAUGGCAAUUACCUGAGAAUAACAAAACCUUAUACGAAGAUUGGACAAGGAAUAGAGUAUUUGGCGUUGGCGAUACCCUUACGUUCCCAUACAGGACCGGUGGCACUCUGAUGCAGGUGGACAGGGAAAGCUACCAUUCCUGCAAACUGCACAAAGUGCUGUGGAUGUUCUUCAAAGGACCAUCAAACUUCACCCUCAGAGGACCAGGAAGCUACUACUUUAUUAACGCGUUGGGCAGGCACUGCGAGCAAGGCCAAAAGCUCCACGUCAGAGCUGAAGCAGGAAAGCAGGGAUCUAGCGGAACGCAUUUUUCAUUCAAGAUCACUCUCGGUGUUGACAGAAAGUCUACUCCCGGAGCUACUCUCGGAGCUGCUGCCGCCCCGAAGGCUGUGUCGCCAGCACCUACGGAUGCAACUGCUGCUCCUGCUCCUGCUCCCAAGUCAGCUGCCACUAGCAUUCAAAAUGUUGGCAUCGCUUCUGGCCUUUUCGCCAUCCUAUUUUCUUUGUUCAUAUAAAUGUGUGAAGACUAAUGAUGGCCUUGCAAUUGUAUUCUUAUGAGUAUGUUAUACACAAUCAAAGGAGAAAAACCUGAGCUUAUUUACACUAUGAUCUGUAACUAUAUUGGCCUGGUGAUUUAUAAGGCAUUGUAAAAAUAAUAUUAAUAUUGCACUAAUAUUUACGCAUGUUUUGCUUA